AUGUUUUACCGCUUGCCAGUCGCGAAAUGCCACAUGCCACUGCCGGUGGCAACUGCCAGUGGCAGGUGCCACUGCCACCUUUUACUCCCUGCCCGCAAUUACGCUAAGUUCGACAAAAUGGAAACGUAUGGUUUGCCGUAUGAUAUGGAUUCAAUUAUGCACUAUGGUGCCACGGAUUUCGCCCAAAACCCGAAUAAUCCGUCCAUCGUCCCGCUCGCCAACCAGUUGCCACGGAAGAUGGGACAAACAAAUGGACUAAGUGUGUUGGAUGUCGCGAAACUACAGGUUGCCUACAAGUGCCAAUUGGCCAACGCCGUUUUUCAGGAUCGUCUAGGCCAAAACUCUGACCUCUCUUGUUACCGCUUCUCUUCAGAUCUUCCCGCGCUGAGAUUGCUCUCACUGGAAUUCAAACUGCAUAACGUCGAAGCAUUUACUUCCUCCAUGCGUAAAUACCUGAAGCGACUUCAUUGUGGUUGCGAAUUUGAAUGGUUUCGACAAUGGUGGAGCAGAAAUUGGCAAUUACUACGAUGGGCGUCGGAGGGUGAAAUUUAUCGUAUCCCAGAUUCCUGUAUGAUUGAACCAAUCCGAAAGGAAGCUGUCUAUCUGCCAAUCGACUGCGCAGCAGCUAAUUUUCCAACCGGUUCAAAAUCGAUUGACCACAACCAGUCUGAGUUUUCGAUCAACGUGGCUCACUAUUCCGAAAAAGGGGAAAGAUGCGGGUACGAUGAAUCCAGCGAAACUUUCUUCCAUUUCUCGACCGAACCAAUGACUUUCGCCCAAUAUCAACUGCAACAGCCAGGCUGA